AUGGCUGCGCAGGAACCCAACCCCAAAGCCGUUCCGAUGGCGGAUGCGGAGCUAACUGUCAAGAUCCUCGACCUGGUACAACAAGCCGCCAACUACAAGCAGAUGAAGAAGGGUGCCAACGAGGCAACCAAGACUCUCAAUCGCGGACAAUCCGAAUUUAUUGUUAUGGCCGGAGAUGCAGAGCCCCUCGAAAUCUUGCUGCAUCUUCCUCUGCUUUGCGAGGAUAAAAACGUUCCUUACGUCUUUGUCCCAUCGAAGGUUUCUCUCGGUAGAGCUUGCGGAGUCCCGCGCGCUGUCAUCGCUUGUUCCGUUCUCACGGAUGAAGGUUCCGCGAUAUCCGCCCAGGUACGCAAUCUUCGAGAUGAGAUUGAGCGCUUGCUUAUCUAG